UCUCUCUCUCUCUCUCUCUCUCUCUGAGUGUGUGCAGUCUCCGCUUCUGCGCCGGUUCUCAGCUUCCGGCUGCAUUUCAGCCCGUUUAUCAGAAAAACACGGCGCGCUCGUGCACGUGCAUUUGAUGUGAACGUGAGCGCGCGCGGCUCGGCCAGUCGCGGUGUGUCGGUGUGGAUGGACUUUCAGCAGUGGGGAUGUAAUAAAUGCUCAUUAAACGACAUCGAUGGACGGAUCGCGACUCGACGAGCCACACCAAAGGUGUGUGUCGCCACCUUCAGCCUCUGGUGGGCGGAGCCUGACGCUUGAUUGACAGGCCUGUCCAGGUGAGGAACCUAUGGCAGAGCAGCAGCGUGAUACAGGUCCCUCAGUGUGAAUCUACCAUGGACCACGGGCUCUGUCAGAUGCUGGUCCUAGGUAUGGUUGCCGUGAUGGCCCGAGCGUGCCCCAAGUACUGUGCAUGCCAGAACCUGUCUGAGUCUCUGGGUACCCUGUGCCCGGCCAAAGGCCUGCUCUUCGUGCCGUCUGAUAUAGAUCGCAGUACCGUGGAGCUCCGGCUGGGUGGAAACUUCAUCCUGCGAAUCACACAGCAGGACUUUGCCAACAUGACAGACCUAGUGGACCUUACGCUCUCUCGCAACACCAUCAGCUACAUUCAGCCCUUCUCAUUCGGGGACCUGGAGACUCUCCGCUCUCUCCAUAUGGAUAACAACCGUUUAACGGAGCUGGGUCCAGAUGACCUGCGAGGACUGAUCAGCCUGCAGCACCUCAUCCUCAACAACAACCAGCUGAGCCGCGUCUCUGAGCGGGCGUUUGAAGACCUUGCAGCCACGCUGGAGGAUCUGGACCUGUCCUACAACAACCUUCAGGCUCUGCCCUGGCACUCAGUGCGGCAGAUGAUCAACCUGCACCAGCUGAGUCUGGACCACAAUUUGCUGGACUACAUUCCUGAGGGCACUUUCGUGGAUCUGGAAAGACUGGCCCGUUUAGACCUCACCUCUAACCGUCUGCAGAAGCUCCCACCGGAUCCUAUUUUCGCCAGAGCGCAGGACUCAGAGGUGAUGACCACACCGUUCGCUCCUCAGCUCUCACUCAGCAUUGGAGGAAAUCCACUGCACUGCAACUGCGAACUGCUGUGGUUCCGCCGUCUGGAGAGAGACGAUGACCUGGAGACCUGCGCCUCGCCUCCUGGCCUAAAGGGUCGCUAUUUCUGGAACGUUCGGGAGCAUGAGUUUCUGUGCGAGCAGCCACUGAUUACACAACACACCCACAAGUUACUGGCUCUGGAGGGACAGACUGCCAGCCUGCGGUGCGAUGCCAUCGGAGAUCCCAUCCCUACCAUACACUGGGUCACCCCUGAAGAUCGAUUGCUGGGAAACUCUUCUCGCACAGUUGUGUACCGCAACGGGACCCUGGAGAUCCUGAUCACCACGUCAAAGGACUCCGGGACCUUCACUUGCAUUGCAGCCAACCUGGCUGGCGAAUCAACAGCUUCCGUGGAGCUGUCAAUUAUUCAGCUGCCUCACAUAAGCAACGGCACAGGACAGGCAUCGCAACCCAAGUCCCGCCUGUCAGACAUUACAGGCGGCUCCAGGACCAACAAAGGCAUUCCCAAGGGUCAACCAGAGAAAGCGGUGUCUGUGUCAGAGGUGACUGCAGUGGCGGCGCUGGUCAGGUGGACUGUCGGCAAGACUGCUCCCAAAGUCAAGAUGUUCCAGCUCCAGUACAACUGCUCAGAUGAUGAGGUGCUCAUCUACAGGAUGAUCCCUUCAUCCAGUAAGGCCUUCCACAUCACCAACCUGGUGUCUGGGACUCGCUAUGACCUGUGUGUGCUGGCGGCCUGGGAGGACUCCGCCACCACCCUCACUGCCACUAAUGUGGUGGGCUGCGUGGAGUUCUACACCCGCGACGACUACACUCAAUGCCAGUCUCUUCAGGGGCAGCUGCUGGGCGGCACCAUGAUCCUGGUGGUGGGGGGAGUGAUCGUGGCCACGCUGCUGGUGUUCAUCGUCAUCCUGAUGGUGCGCUAUAAGGCGGGGGACGGUGGAGGCGACGCUCCUGUCAGCAAGCUGAGCGACAGCAGUGAAACAUACUCUCAGACCAACGGAGGGAGGCUGGGGCAGAAUGGGGUGCCUCUGCCGGGGCCAAAAGAAAAGUCUACGGUCACCAUGCGGGACGAAGUGGUCAAAUUCAAGUGCGGUUCUCUCCAGAGCAGCUCGUCCUCCUCCUCUUCCUCCUCAGGGUCAGCAGAUGCCACUUCCUACAGCCCCAACAGUGCCCUCGCCAACAUCUUGAGGUCCGCACCUCCAAAGCAGCACAACAACAUAGACCAGCUCCUAGGCGCCUUCACAUCGCUGGAGCUUCGGGGCCAGAGCAAGGACCUGUGUCUGUCUGGCACCCCGUCGAGUGCAGCUGCUCCUGCUGUGUCCCCGGCAGGUCCUGCUGAUAAGGAGCCGCUGCUGGGCCGGACGCUGGACUCUCGGCUCAGCAAACUGCUCAUGCUGCCGCUGGACUCCAAACCCAAGAGGAGCCAUUCCUUUGACAUGGGCGACUUUACGGUGCCCACGGCGCAGCAGCUGCGCUCUUACCCACGCCGCUUCAGCAGCAUCUGGACCAAACGCAGCCUGUCGGUUAACGGGACACUGCUGCCGUGCGACGAGGAAGCGGACAGCAACGGGAGCAAGGGGACGAUCGAGAGCCCCGAGUGGGUUAUGGAGAGCACAGUAUAGAACACAGGGAUAGAUGGACACCUUUGACUGAACUGUUAUUUACUCCAUCCUGCAUGACUCUGGUGAAGUUUCAUUUAAUUAUUACAGUUGUACGCCUUGCCAUAUCCAGAACAGGUAUGAAGUCAGCGUCAUUCAGGGGACGUGUUCACAAAGCAGACGCACCACUCUACAAACCUGUCGGGUUUCAGCACAGUUUCCUAGUGCUUACUGUACAUUAUCACUAAGGUUCCCUGUCGAAGUCACUGCCGCGUCAGACACUUGCUGAAGGGGGGUUUGUGUUGCAGAGAUGAGCUUCUGCUUUGGGGUACAGUGACAGCUCUUUCCCACUGAGCGGUGUGCUGCGGUAUAGUACAGUAUGCAGUUAUUGCCAUCUCCUCUGCCAAGAGUUGUAAAUAACAGAAAAACAAACCGUACCACUUGUUUUAGGAACCUCUCCUAAGGGCACCUGACACAACAGUACAUUACACAUUACUAAAGGGCGGAGCUAAACUCACUGCAGAAAGCUGAUUGGUUUACACAGAAUCUUCAGUUGCACAUCAUACAAACAUAACAACAACACAGGAUUUAUAAACAAACAGCUGAAACACGACAGAGUAAUGAUAAGAUGAAAGAAAAGCACCAUGGUCACCCCGAGGAGAGUGGGGUUGAGUCUGUGUCGUGGACGAAAGGGAUGGGGAGUCGUGGAAGAAAGUGAAGAGUGGGGUGAGGCAGGGGUGCGUGUGAGGAGGAGGAUUGAUUAAAUGAGAUGCUGGAUCAGGUUUCAGAGAUUCCGGCACAAAUGAAGCCCUGAAUACUUUACUGUACUGUACCAUACUGUGGCGUGCUGCUCAGUGGAAGUUUGGUGCUCGAAUUCCCUCUCAGUCUGCAUUACUGACUCACUGGAGUGGGAUGUGUGUGUGUGUGUGUGUGUGUGUGUGUGUGUGUGUGUGUGUGUGUGUGUGUGUGUGUGUGUGUGUGUGUGUGUGUGUGUGUGUGUGUGUGUGUUCCAUCUUUAUGUCUUAUUUGUGUCUGGAACUAUCAGACAGCUGAAUGUGGAGGGACUGUGAGGUGAGCUGCUGUGCCGCUGCAGUGUUUUUAAGGCCGUGUGAGAACUGAAGCACACAGACAGAGGAAACUGCCCUGCCAGCGGUUUCCCCAUGAACAACAGCACACGCAGACUCUGUGAAUAUCUUGUUGUGUUUAUAUGUGUAAUGAAUUGAAAUAUUUUAUAUUUUUAUCUUGCUGAUCAAACACUCGUCUUUCUUGAUGAAAGAGAAUUCGUCAGCCUGUCUGGUUCUCACUCCCUUCAAGCUGUCAUUUACACGCUGAAACCCUGAGAGAUUUUAAUGAACCUUCAGAUGUUUGAA